AUGCAUCUCCCAACAAUGGAGGCUAAUGGCAGAGUUAGCUACUCUCUAAGGUUGGUCAGCUUUACUAACCCUAACGGUACAUCAUGGGAUGGACUGCAUUACCAUGGCAACAGACGUCUGUGUGAUAGUAAUGGUACCGAUACGUGUGAUACGUACUUCAAGAUAUGUAUACAGAGGAAGGGCCGCUGUUUUAUUAAUUACGAUUCCAAAGUAUUCAGCAACACCAACAACAUCACAUUUGGUAAUGAGGCCAUGUGGACGGGGACGUCAAGUACUUGGAAUACGAAUCUUCUCGCGUUCAUAAAUCCAUUCGACAAGGACUCGUCCAAAGCAGCUGGUGAUUUGAUAGACAUUUUGAAUUUUCCUCUGUCAAUAGAGCUAGGAUUAAAACAAGGCUGUUCAGUAAAUCAGACCAUUGUGAUGUCGAACCACACGACACUAACAAUGGAAUUUAAAGUCUGGUGUAGCCAAGGUUACACAGGUCCCGGAUGUACGUACCGUUAUACUGGAAGUAAUCCGUAUGUAUCGUGUGACAACGGGCAGCUAAAUCUGCUAUGUACCAAUCAGGACAUAUGUCAACAUGAAGGGAAAUGUAACAAUAUUGAUGGCGGCUUCACAUGUCAUUGUACUGAUGGAUGGACAGGGGACCGAUGUCAAACAGAUGUCAAUGAGUGUGAACAUAAUCCAUGUUUACAUAGCGGAACAUGCCACAAUAUCAAUGGUAACUACACAUGUCACUGUUCUGAUGGAUGGACUGGGCACAUAUGUGAUAAUGACAUCAAUGAGUGUCAAAAUAACCCCUGUGAUCAUGGCGGCACAUGUAACAAUGUUAAUGGUAGCUACACGUGUCACUGUUCUGAUGGAUGGACUGGACACAUCUGUGAUAACGACGUCAACGAAUGCCAAAUUUACCCCUGUCAACAUGGCGGCACAUGUAACAAUAUUAAUGGUAACUACACCUGUCAGUGUGCUACAGGCUGGGCUGGCUGGCAUUGUGAUCGUGAUGUUAACGAAUGUGAAAUCAGACCAACAGUAUGUCUAAAUAACGGGACUUGUACCAAUGAAGAGGGCGGUUAUAGUUGUGCCUGUUGGUCAGGAUGGGCCGGAGAAAAUUGUACAUCUGAUGUAAAUGAAUGUUAUCAAAACGUUUGUAAAAAUAACGCCACCUGCACCAAUAUCUACGGUGGUUAUCAUUGCCAAUGUACUGAGGGUUGGCUAGGUAUUACUUGUGAGCAAGAUAUAGAUGAAUGCCAUGGACAUCCUUGCCACAACGAAGCUACGUGCCUGAACAUUGCCGGAUCGUUUAAGUGCAUGUGUACCAGCGGAUGGUCUGGGGUCGACUGUGACGUAGAUAUAGAUGAAUGCAAACUUAACGUCUGCUAUCAUGGAACUUGCAAAAACACCGAUGGGGGUUUUGCAUGUGCAUGCUUUGAGGGAUGGACGGGAUCGAAUUGCACGUAUGAUGUAAGAUCGACAACCGGUCAUUCUGUUCGUGAAUCAACAAUCUCUUAUCCUGGCCACAAUUCAACGAUUGCACACGUUGCGCUCCAGACGACAGUGGAACUAACACAAAAAACAACUGGAAUUGCCAUUACAAGUAAAAAAACACAAGAAUAUACUCCACCAAUAUACUCUUCAUCAAAACACACUAGAAAUAUCCCUGGCGUUUCAACACCGACCACAUCUUAUACCCAUAAACAACACAAGACUACCCAAUUCAGUGCUACGAAGACUCGAAGUUCUUCAAAAAAUCCGGUAACCCCAGAGGUUAGCCACAAUUCUCAUAGUAGCCGAUAUGCUAAUUCUAAGACAGUAGCAAGUAAUCCAAUAGUGUCCCACUCUGUUACUUCGUCUACUGGUGGUGUCGGUACAUCCUCCAAGAUUACAAAACCCACAGUUGCAGCUGCUGGACCGUCGAAUGCAAGUGCAAACAAGGGGAAUCAGAGUUGGGCGUCGACUAACUGGCCGACACUAGUUGGCGUCGGUGGUGGGGUUUUAAUAGUUGUGAUUUCGGCGCUGAUCUUUUACAGGAAGCGGAAAAUGAAGGCUAACGGGGCCACCUAUAUAGACGAGACCGACCUGACAUCCACUGAUACCGUCCGAGACAGCACUGCUGCUUUAGUAUUUGAAAAUGCUGUUUACAACACCAUGGACACAUCUCAUCAAUAUGUUUGUUCGCUUGAUAACCGGGACGAGAUACAGGACGAUGAAGAAGACGCUUAUUCUGAGAUGAAUGAAAAUGAAUGCCGACUCUAAAACAUCAUGGAUGUACAAAAAAUACUGUACCUACCAAACAGCUCACAACGCUGACCUCCUGUAUCAACCACACUACAGGCGGUGAUCUCAGGCUUUAUCAACCACACUACAGGCGGUGAUCUCAGGCUAGGAAGUUGUCUUUUAUGGAAUGUUAAGUUGAGAAAUACCAGUUUCUAUGAUGAAUUUUUUAUUCCAACAUGAUGUAUCUUGGAGCUGAAAUUCAGGUCUUUAUGAGAUAUAUACUCAUGAUGGUAUAUAUAUAUACAGUGUACGAUAAAGCAUUCAUCUACGUAUUGACAGGAGUGUCGGAUCAAAUUGUACGUAACAGUUGUAUUCAUAUUAUCAUUAAGAUUGUAUAAGUACUGUAUACUUUGUUUUUAUCAUGUAUAUAACAGAUAAUAUUCAACUCAGCUAUCAAUAAACAGUAGAUAUCACAUACAUUAUAUUGGUAUCUAUACUAUCAUAAAGGUUUGUCACCAGUUCAGUCAGAUCUCAAUAAUCAUUGGGCCAGAACGCUUAUGACAGAAAAAGUGAGAUUAGAAUUUGCCCUUUGUUAUCACAUUCUCAAUUUGAGGUCUUCCAAAACCCCAAGAUCAAAAUUAUCAAUUAGAUGUCUACCGAAGCCCUCAGAUCAAAAUUAUAAAUAAUAUACUAAAUCGGGAAUCAUACAACCUCAGGUGACGGGGCCGAUAAUACGAAGUAAUAUGGAGUUCUAUUAUAAUAGUUAGUACUAAUUGCAUCCAUCGAGUAAAUUUAACAUUUUCACCAAAACUUUCGAUACCAAAUGGAAAGAUAUACAUAAUUUUUUGGCGUUGUAAUGUGAAAUCACUGAUUUGUAGCAUACCUCCUUACAUAUAAUGUACGUACGUGAUACUCCAAGUAGUAUAUAAAGGCAUACCAUUCCAAGUGUUUAACGAAGGUACAGCGGUAAAGAUUGUGAUUCAGUUUAAACAUGUCAUUAAGAGUUGUUUUAUAAGGAGAUGAAGAUCUGAUGCCGUGUACUAAAGACUAUCCUCUCUGGGAGGAGGAAGAGGUUAGCAGUUUUAUCUGGAUUUGAAGUUGUCCCUCAUUUCUUUUCAUAGAUAGAAAUAAUUGUCAUAAUUAGUAGAGAAAUCGUCGGCGAAUGUAUAUAAACUCCGGAUAUUACACAUACAUAUUCUCGUGAAAAUUGACAAUGGUUUAGAUUUUAAACAAGCAUUUGGUGAUAUUGCAGAUUUACCAGUCUUUAGAUAGUAAAUCUGAUUAGUGAUGUUGUGUUUCAGUUUGCCGUAAAAUUAUGGAGGGAUUAUAUUGCAACGCAACAUAUAUUCUGUUAAUUGUUUAUUUGAUAUUUACAUAGUAUAUUCCAUCGGUCGUGUAUGCUGUGUCCAAUGCAGGUUAUGUUCUACCGUUAACUUAAUAAUUUAAAAAAGUAAUCAUAAUUGUAAAUGUCAUCGACAAUUUGUUAUAUUUAUCAUUUAUUAAUUGUUAUUAUGGUCGCUAAUUUGAAAGGAUUAUAUUUGCUUGUCCUAAAAAUCAAUCGCUAAUUAAUUAUAUUUAUCGUUAAUUGAUUGUAAAUAUCAUCAUUAAUUUGUUUGAUUUACCUUUAAGUCAUUGCAAAUAUCACCAUGAAUUUGUUAGAUUUAUUAAUGUUUUUUUUUUUAUGUGAUCAUUUAUUUCAUACAUUUAUCUUUCAUUUAUUUUAAAUAUCAUCAUUAGCUUUUCGGAUUUAUAUCUAAUUUGUAUUUUGUCAAACUGAUUUUUCAUUCCUGUUAUAUUUCAUCUUUAUGUUUAUUAACUUUUUGGAUUCAUCUCUUAUAUAUACUUCAUUACAUCUAAACUUUAUAUUGAUAUGUGUUAUAUUCCAUAAGUGCUGUGUGUUAUAUUCCACCAUUCCAUCAUGGAUUCAUGAUAUAUUCCAUCAUGGUUUGUGUUAUAUUCCAUAAUUUAUUUGUAUUAUAUUCUAUCAUUGAUUUAUGUUAUAUUCUAUCAUUGAAUUGUGAUAUAUUCCAUCAUUAGUUUAUGAUAUAUUCCAUCCUUGAUUCUUGAUAUAUAUAUUCCAACAUGGGUUUGCCAUACUUUCGAUCAUUUAUUUGUGUUGUCGCCUAGACAGAAUUAACUGUAUCUUAUACCCCAGUGACCAUAUAUUAAUGCCAUGUAAGAAUCAACACAGGUCAGUCUUAUGUGUGGUUGAUCCCUAAGUUUUUUUUUUGAAUUUCUUGUCGCAAUUGUACUUACUUUGUUGAAGAUUUUUGUAAACUCGAGAAAAAAAAAAAAAAAAAGCAAAAAAAAAAAAAAAAAAAAAACCCUGAUGUAUCUAGCCUUUUAAUUUGAAUUAUAGAAAUAACCUUUGAAAUAGCACUGGUGAUUUAUAACAGAAAUAGCACUGCUGAUUUAUAACAGAAAUAUCACUGGUGAUUUAUAACAGAAAUAGCAUUGGUGAUUUAUAACAGAAAUAUCACUGUGAUUUUUUGUUCCCAGUAAAAUAUUAAUGCUGUUUUGUGACAGAAAAUCAAUGUGAAUUUUUGUUCCCAGUAAAAUGUUACUGCUGUUUUGUGACAGAAAAUCAAUGUGAAUUUUUGUUCCCAGUAAAAUGUUACUGCUGUUUUGUGACAGAAAAUCAAUGUGAAUUUUUGUUCCCAGUAAAAUGUUACUGCUGUUUUGUGACUGGAAUAUUGAUAUGAUUAUCUGUUCCCAUUGAAAGGUUACUCUGAUGAAUUGUUAAAUCAGCGAAAGCGUGAUAUAUAUGAUAGUUUGUGUAAUGUUUAAGUAUAAGGGUGAUGUUUGUAUGUAACCUGAAUUUCAAAUUGUACUAUUUGCUUGUUUCGUGAAAAGUUUUAUAUUAUUAUGAUAGGGUUUUCUUAUUUAUUUAUCUUUAUUUAUGUAUUAAUUCAUUGUUAUAAUUAUUCUUUUACAUACCUUGGCAACCGUCGCCCGCCAACAAUUCCUUCCAGUAAACGACUUGUUUCUCUGAUUGGAAUUAAGCUUAAAAAGCUGUAAAUGACUUCUCUGGAAGAAAUCAAUGAAUAUCACUCAUAUUUGAUUGAUAGCAGCUGUGAUAGGCUGAGGCGCGGGGCCCAUUUGAUCCGGAUUUAGCUCAAAAUUUCUUUGGUUCGAUGGGGGGUGGUGAUGUUUCUAUGUAACCUGAAUUUCAAAUUUAUUAUUUGCUUGUUACAUGUAUAAGUUUAAUAUUGUUAUUUAUUAUUUCUGGUAAUACUCCCUCCGAAGCAGGUCCCAAUGGAGGAAGCAGAGCAUUUUUACAAUACUUUCCCUACAUUAGGGAUGAAUUGAUGUGGUCCAUAUUAGGUCUGAAGGCAAUCCAAUUUUGUAUGUAAAGUGUUGGUCUGGGGCCAAAAUCCUUGACAAUGUGUGAAUGGGAUCCAAUGUUCGUGUAAACAGUGGAUCUCAGUCCUGAAAGGUGGGAUCCAAUGUUCGUGUAAACAGUGGGUCUGUGUCCUGAAGGGUGGGAUCCAAUGUUCGUGUAAACAGUGGGUCUGUGUCCUGAAGGGUGGGAUCCAAUGUUCGUGUAAACAGUGGGUCGGAGUCCUGAAGGGUGGGAUCCAAUGUUCGUGUAAACAGUGGGUCUAAGUUCUGAAAGGGUGGGAUCCAAUGUUCGUGUAAACAGUGGAUCUGUGUCCUGAAGAGUGGGAUCCAAUGUUCGUGUAAACAGUGGGUCUGUGUCCUGAAGGGUGGGAUCCAAUGUUCGUGUAAACAGUGGGUCUGUGUCCUGAAGAGUGGGAUCCAAUGUUCGUGUAAACAGUGGGUCUGUGUCCUGAAGGGUGGGAUCCAAUGUUCGUGUAAACAGUGGGUCUGUGUCCUGAAGAGUGGGAUCCAAUGUUCGUGUAAACAGUGGGUCUGUGUCCUGAAGGGUUUGAUCCAAUGUUCGUGUAAACAGUGGGUCUGUGUCCUGAAGGGUGGGAUCCAAUGUUCGUGUAAACAGUGGGUCUGUGUCCUGAAGAGUGGGAUCCAAUGUUCGUGUAAACAGUGGGUCGGAGUCCUAAAGGGUUUGAUCCAAUGUUCGUGUAAACAGUGGGUCUGUGUCCUGAAGGGUGGGAUCCAAUGUUCGUGUAAACAGUGGGUCGGAGUCCUGAAGGGUGGUAUCCAAUGUUCGUGUAAACAGUGGGUCGGAGUCCUGAAGAGUGGGAUCCAAUGUUCGUGUAAACAGUGGGUCGGAGUCCUAAAGGGUUUGAUCCAAUGUUCGUGUAAACAGUGGGUCUGUGUCCUGAAGGGUGGGAUCCAAUGUUCGUGUAAACAGUGGGUCGGGGUCCUGAAGAGUGGGAUCCAAUGUUCGUGUAAACAGUGGGUCUGUGUCCUGAAGAGUGGGAUCCAAUGUUCGUGUAAACAGUGGGUCUGUGUCCUGAAGGGUGGGAUCCAAUGUUCGUGUAAACAGUGGGUCUGUGUCCUGAAAGGUGGGAUCCAAUGUUCGUGUAAACAGUGGGUCUGUGUCCUGAAGGGUGGGAUCCAAUGUUCGUGUAAACAGUGGGUCUCAGUCCUGAAAGGUGGGAUCCAAACGAGAUAUUAGAGAUAAUCCAUUGAAAGUACUCCAUCUGGAUGAUUUUAUUGAGGCAGAGGGGCGGGAUAAGAAGUCAAAAUAGAGUUGGUUAUUGAUAGUAAGUACUGUUCAGCUUAUUUGCUUUUAACCUAUUUUCUGGAGUCAGAAAGUCAAAUGCUAGUAAAAGGAAAUUAUUUAUUACAAUGCAUGUUAUUUAGUGGCAGAUCAGUGUCCCAAACUAAGAAAAUAUUUGUUAUCUAGCUCAAAUGAGUGUUUUACUACAUAAAUACUCACUGAAAUAUGCUGGUGAACGAUACAUGUCCUCUAGGCCUGUUGUUUCUGUUACAUUUAAUAGAGCUAUAUCACUGUUUGUUAUUUAAUAUGUGCAGUCAAUGUGUGAAUAAAAAAUGCUUAAAACUUUAA